AAGGGCAGAGUGAGGGCAGCGGCUUCAGCCGCUGUUACUGAGCAUGCCCGCUACACCCUCCCCGGCACAGGCGGACCGGGAGCGGCUUCUGACGCGACCCCGGCAGGCGGGGCGCAGCGGCCCCUCCCCCCCCCCCGGGGGCCGGGCCGCCUGCCCCAGCUCCGGCUGCUCCGCCAGCGCACACCCAGCACGAGGCGCCCGCGUCCCCGCCGCUCUGCUCAGGAUGGUCAUCCGGGUCUACAUCGCCUCCUCCUCCGGCUCCACGGCGAUCAAAAAACAGCAGCAAGAUGUGUUAGGCUUCUUGGAAGCCAACAAGAUUGAAUUUGAAGAAAAAGAUAUUGCAGCCAACGAGGAGAACCGGAAAUGGAUGAGAGAGAAUGUCCCGGAAGAGAGCCGACCAACGAGUGGAAAUCCAUUGCCCCCUCGAAUCUUCAAUGAUAGCCGAUACCUUGGGGAUUAUGAAGCUUUCUUCGAAGCGAGAGAGAAUAAUGCAGUGUAUGCUUUUUUAGGCUUGACUGCUCCUCCUGGUUCAAAGGAAGCUGAAGCACUGGCGAAGCAGCAAGCAUGAAUUUCAACUGCCUUAAAUGUUCUGUAAAGGGAACUUCCACAGCUUUUUAUAAAAUAGUAAAAUUGUCUCUGCUUCAAGAAAAAUAGAUUUAAUUUCUAACAUUUUGAUUGGUGCUUGCAGCAUCCACGAUACAUGAAUAUAAAUAUGAACCUGGUGAACAUGGGAACAUUAGGGUAGAGAGCAUGGAAGACACUAUUGCAAAGUUGGAAGCAUAGGAAACUGAAUCAAUUAGAAGUGAUUGAUUUAAAGUCAUUUAAACUAUGUCUGGGCAAUUAUGUCCAUUUUUGUAAACUUAAAGAAAACCUAUUUUAGUACUAAUUAUGCAGAUAAACUUGCACCUGGAGAUCCAGCUAUUUAAAUAUAGGGGAAAACAAGCAACAACAUAAAACCUUAUCAAAUAACUCUAGUGCCUGAAUUGCCUCAAAUGUUAUUGAACAAUACAAAAAUACAGUAAUUUCUCAAUGUCUUUUUAAAUUGUGGUUUAAAAUGAAAUUGUAAGUGUUGUGUAGCGGAGUAACCAUAGUAAUCGCUUAUGGAAAUUACGACAUUUGUAGAAUAAAGAUUUGAAAUUGUAUUGUAACACAUUGUACAGAUCUAAAAAAAAAAUGUUGCCAUGUAUUUCACAUUUAAGUGACCAAUGUGGGCCCUUUCCACAAAAAAGAAAUUGAGCAGUGGAUAACAUUUCCAUUGGCACGUUCACCACAUAGCUCUCUAACCAUGACUUGAUUAUAUGUUUGUGUGCUAGAUUUAGUGCACUUCAGUGAAAUAUACACUAAUUCCUAGGCAGUGUGACAAAUAAGCCAAAAUGGCCAGAAAUGGCAUUUCCUUACACGUGUAAGAGCUAAAGCCUUUCAUGUAAUAGUUUACAAGUUCACAUUGUUUAUAGUUUAGGUGUUUGCAUGUUCUAGUCAUUACUAGUUGCAUAUAGUAAUUUUUCAUAUGGGGAACUAAAAGUAAAUGUUUGAGUUGUAAGAAGUAUUGUAAUUGAGUGUGGGGGUGGGGGGUUUCUUUCAUGUUUUAAAAGUUGAUUUGUAUUGCCAUGGAAUUAGUGAAUCCUAUUAAAGAACAGCAUUCUGUAUCAGUGAAUUCACCAAGUGCAAUAUUAAUCCAUUACAUGCCUUAGGUAUACAUCAGAUAUUUGGCAAAGGGGCAUUCACAUAGUCUGCAUAUUAUGGCCAUCCACUGGAAAAUCAUGAAGACCUAUUUAAAAGCCUAACCAUACAUGCACCUGAAGUGGUAAGGAGUAGUUUUAAAAUUUACAUGUGUGAUUUUAAAAUAUAUCUUGCACAGUAUAAGCCACUCUUACUUCCCAAAUGCAUCAACACCAUAAAACAGUGAUAUGUAGCCUUUACUGUAGUUGGAGGGGCAUUCUACAAGCACAGGACACAUGUUUUAUUUUCAUCUGCUUUAUAACAACAUAGAAAUAGGUGGUAUAGAUCAGAAAAAGACUUAAAGGUUUUAUGCCACUUGCAAACCGUAGCAUAUCCUGGCCAUUACUUAUUUUGAUGUAUUAAAGUUAUGCAGUGCUUUAAAAUGCUUCCUGAGACAUUUAUAAUUCUAAGAUCCAAAAAUAGUAACAGGAUAGAAGUAAAGACUUAAUUAUACUCUACAACAGAAUAAUUAUUUUCCUCUUGCCAGCAUAUUUCUUUUGGGCUCAGCAUUUCCUCAGCUGCAAGAAGUGUCUUCAUCAACACCUAAAUAAGUAGCAGAGAAAUGUUUUUCCUUGCACUGUUGUGAGAGCAGUCUGGUUCCCACACAAAUCAAUGGCAAAAUUCCCAUAGAUUUCAGCAUGAGCAGGAGUGGGCUUGUAAUGGCGUUUGGAACCUGGCUAGUUACAUUAGCAUUUAGUCCAUGUUUUUCUAAUUUUGAGCCUGGGAAUAGACAUUUUGUAGUUUCUGCUUACAGAUGCCUGACCUGUGUCCCUGUCUGUAUGAAAGUAGGACAGUUAAAUGUAGCCUAAUCUCCAGAAUGAACCCAUAUCAUAUUUUGUGCUUUCUCUUUAGCAGGCUUACUAUUAAUUGCUGGGGUGGGAGAGUGGAGGAGACUAUUGUUGGGUUUUUUAUUUUUGUUGCUUUAAAUCAAGUGUCUGCGGUCCAUGAUUCAGCAUGACUUAGUCUUUUUAUAUAAGGUCUCUGGUAUUAUUGGCAGUAUCUCUUCUAUGCCUAGACCUACUAGACGAGUUUGGAGGAAAUGAAUAAGAAUAUUGAAAGGAGUUUUGUGAAGAAAAUGGAAUUUGACACACAGGUUGCUAUACUCCUGUUGAUUUGCUGUGUUUCCUAUGUAAACAAAAUGUGGCAUUACCUUUUGUGUAUUGCAUCUAUUUGAGGAAGCUAUAACUGAAAAUUAUUGCCAAAUUUUGUCAGCUCAGUGACACAAAACAUUCUGAAACAAGGUCAUCUCUAUUUCUGAUCUUUGAGAAAGUUGCCAAGUUUUAAGAAAGCGGUGUCAUUCCCCCUUGCAGUCCCUCUUCUUUGCCAGAUGGUAACACUCAAACUGCAUCUGUAUUCCUGAGGAAGCAGUGUGAAGACAGGGACUGGCUUAUUUCUUCUGGUGUCUGGGGGGACAAAGCAUGAACACAAACUGAAAAAUAUCUAAGUGGUCUGUUCUUGUUUUGGCCUGUAUGAAGAACUCAGAUUAGUAUUAAUGUAGAUUUCAUGCAUGUUUGAGUGACAGAGGUGAAAAUAUACCUGUGUGGUGGUCUCAACACAUUGGUUCUGUGGUUCACAUUACUAUGUUUUUAGGUCAAUUGUGGAUGUUGCAUCUUAAGAAGAACUUGUUCAUUUCUUCCUGCCUCUUUUUUUUCUAUAUAGAAGGUAAGGUGACGAGGCAUCAAACUUUUUCUUUCUUUCUUUUUUCUUUCAAUUAUUGAUGUAUCAUUCCAAUAAAUUGGUUUUAGAAUGUUUUCUCAUUAUAUUAGUUUGAUUUUUGUUGGGUGUUUUCGGCUUGGUAUUUUCAGUGUUGGAAAGGAUCCUCUUUGUUUAGCUUGCAAAGCAAAUCUGAGGAUAUUCAACCUAAAGAGCUGCUUUAAAAUUUCAGCAUCUGUAGCAGCCACAAAAUUAAUGUAGUGCACACAUUCCCCUAUACCACCCCCAUUACUGUAAAUUCAUGUUAAUAGUUUUGUGCCCUGUUGCUGGAAUUAAGCUUUAGUCUAAUAGCUGUAUCUACACCACUUAAAUGAUCUGUGUUAGAAAAUGUGUGUGAAAUACAGUUCCUACCCCACAUUUACACUUCCUCCCCCAAACUGAUGUUGAAUCCAAUUGAUCUAGAUCAGAGGUUCUCAACCAGGGGUACGCGUACCCUUCGAGGUACACAGUGGUUUUCCAGGGUGUACAUCAGCCCAUCUAGAUAUUUGCUGAGUUUUACAACAGGCUAUAUAAAAAUCCCUAGUGAAGUCAGUACAAACUAACAUUUCAUACAAUGACUUGUUUAUACUGCUCUAUAUUCUAUAUAUUGAAAUGUAAGAACAGUAUUUAUAUUCCAAUUGAUUUAUUAAUUAUAUGGUAAAAAAUGAGUCAGCGAUAUUUCAGUAAUAGUGUGGUGUUAUACUUUUGUAUUUUUGUGUCUGAUUUUGUAAGCAAGUAGUUUUUAAGUGAGGUGAAACUUGGGAGGGUAUGCAAGACAAAUCAGAUUCCUGAAAGGGUACAGUAGCCUGGAAAGGUUGAGCGCCACUGAUCUGGAGUGUAUGGAUAGGUCAACCAGCUUCAGCACCUUUUGUAGUAAAACUUGUUAGACAAUUUAGCCUGCUUUGCCACAGUGGAUAUUGAACUUGGUUGAACCUGUCUAUAAGAGUGGGAUAAGUAUGUUCUUACCGGUUGCAGGAGGGACAGUGGGUCACAUAAAGAAAAGGAGUACUUGUGGCACCUUAGAGACUAACAAAUUUAUUAGAGCAUAAGCUUUCGUGAGCUACAGCUCACUUCAUCGGAUGCAUCCAUUAAAAUGCCAUUAUUUGGUAUUUUAAUAAGUGGUCCAUAUUGUCAUUUAGGAAGAGAGUCUUUUGUGGUCUCUCAUCACAAGGAAUCCCAUUUGCCUUAUAUGUUUCACUUGUAUAACAUAGAUUCAUUUCAUGUUUUGUUUACUGUUUUAAAAAUAUAGUCUUAAAAGCAAAGAAUAUUGUUACUCAGAAAUGCAAAGCUCUUCAAUAAAAAAUGAAUUCCAAAAAUCUGCAAUAAAAACUGCAUGUCUGCAUUUAAUGUUUACUUAGCUUGCCGUUUCAGGGUACAGUGGUGUGCACUAUAAUACAUUUUUUACUAUACA